CAGGAGGUGCGGGUGGAGAGACACCCUGGCAGGAUGGACCAAAGUCCCCAUUUAUGGCCUGGGGGGAGUUAAUGUGUAAUAUUCCAGGAUAUAAGCUGGACUGCAAGGUGAGACCCUGAGCCCAGACCUCCAGGAGCAACCCAGAGCUGCUGUCCGGAGCUGCUACCAUGUCGGCUUGGAUCAUGAGGUUUGAAAACCCAGCUUCGAGAACCUCCCUUCUAACUAGAGUAUAGAAAUUCACGCGCUGCCCAGGUCCUGUGGGAAAAUAGGAAGCCGGAGGAUCCCACAGUAGCAAGGGAAAUUUGAGAUUGUGAACAUGGACAUGAAGAUGGGGUCAAGCCUGAAGAUCAAGGGCAAGAUCGCUGAUGGUGCUAACGGCUUUGUGAUUAAUUUGGGCCAGGGGACAGAUAAACUGAACCUGCAUUUCAACCCACGCUUUGCUGAAUCCACCAUCGUCUGCAACUCACGAGAUGGCAACAGCUGGGGGGCGGAGCAACGGGACAAUCACUUGUGCUUCAGCCCAGGGUCAGAAGUCAAGCUCAUCGUGACCUUCGAGAACAAUGAAUUCAAGGUGAAGCUGCCAGAUGGCCACCAGUUGACCUUUCCCAACAGGCUGGGCCACAGCCACCUGAGCUACCUGGGUGUGCAGAACUUCCUCGUCUCCUCCUUCAAGCUAGAGUGA